AUGGAAUCAACAAAAUUCUCAUCCUCCAAGCUUGGCUUGAGGCCAAUUUCUUCAGUGAAACCAUGCCCUAGAAGAAACACCGUUGUCGCCCUUGAUAGAAGAAAUAAGGGGCGAGACUAUAAGGGUAAGCUUGUAGAUGAAAGCAUGAUUGUACUGCGAUUACGAAUUAAGGAGAUGAAGAUGUUGGAGGCAUGCAACAACCCACCUUCUCACUGGAUGGAGUGGGAGAAACAAUAUUGCAUGCAUUGCAACUACAACAACGAUGUUUGUGAAGCAGUGCAGAUGUUGCAGAACUUUUUGAUGAAUGUUAGACCAAGUUUGGCACUAGGGAUGGUGCUACUUGUUUCGUUGAGUGUGGCCAUCUCUACUGGGGUGGUUUUGUUGCAGGUUAUAGAGAUAGCUAUGGGAGUUCUAUCCGUCUUACCUUAG